AUGCCGGGAGCAUUUGAAGAUCUGUUGAACAAGUCGGACCGGUUAUCGGUAUCAUCCAAAGUUAUUUCGAAAACAUCAGGAUCUUCGCGCAAAACCCGUGUUGAUCUUGCAUUAAAUGAUAUUUUCCGACGCAGUGAAGAUUUAUGGAAAAGAAAAGCACCUGCAGAAGAACGAUUAUCCGAUGUGGAAAUGGGUUUAUUAUUGGGUGGAAAGGGCUUCUCACUCAGCUCAAUACCACAAAUGCAAGAAGGAACAGUAGAAAACGAAGUGGAAGAAGUCGUAUUGCCGUCAGCGGACUGCCAGCAUAUGCUGGAUGAAAUUAUUGCUGAAACUUCGAUUCGUACUCGUUUGGAAGCUGAAAGGGCCUUCAUGAAUCAACGCGUAGUGGAUCAGGCAUAUACGGCGGCUAAAUCUAUUGCGAAAAAUGUUGCUCCUACUGUUUCAUUUUCCAAAACAACGUAUUCGGAUUCUCCGAUUUUCAUAAAACCUGGUGAUAGUAUAGAAUUGACAUUCGCUAAGGGUGUUUCUGAUUAUAUAGCACAGAAAAAAGUGGACGAGUUAGCUGUGGCUUUUAAAGAAGCUGCAUCGAAAUCACGUGACGAUGGAAUAGUCGCAUUAUGGGGACAGGCCCUUGCCCCACUGAAUCACCCAUUUGUUGUUACCGGUACUGCCAAAAAUUUCCGCUCUUCGAUCUCUUGGAUGAAGCACGUCAUUGAUACAACUUUGGAAUUUCUACACAAAAAUUUCAUUUCAUACAUGGAGACAGUUGUGGAAAAUAAUUUAACAAUUGCUCGCAGAGGUGGUAAUCCGACGAUGCUGUCACUUAUCGAUGCUUUUCUAAAUGUGAAACAUUAUAAGCCAGUUCAGCGACACAUUCAGGAUGGUGUGUAUGGAUCAAAUGGACAUGCUCUUUGGGAGGUUAUUUACCAUUGUUUAAGAGCUGGCGAAUUGCAGUCUGCUGCAAAGAUAGCUGAUUCACAUUUGAAAAAUUUACCGUCUUGUGCAGCUGCAACAGUCGCACUGCUUGAACUUGAAAAAAAUGAAAAGCUUUCUGCUGAUAUUCGAUUGAAGGUGAAGGCGGAAUGGCGUUGUGAAUCCCGUUCGUUUGUGGAUAUCUACAAAAAAGCAGUAUAUUGUGCUCUACUUGGUGGUGACGUUCCUGAAGUUUGCAAUAAUUUAGAAAAUUGGCUUUGGUUAAAAUUAUAUCCGUGUGGUAUAGACCCUGCGCUUUCACCUGCAGUUUUCAGAGAGCUUCAGCGACUUAUAUCUGUUGACUAUGGUGAGAGUUACUUUGUUGGCAAUGAUGGAAGUGUGUUAAUUUAUUUUCAAGCAUUGUGGUUAACAGGACAGUAUGAACGUGCGAUAAAUCUUUUACAUAGGAAUAAUAUGUUGACACAUGCUGUGCAUAUGGCGAUUUUAUUACAUCUCAACAGUGUACUAAUUCUUGUUGACAAUAUUGGGCAUCCAAUACUGCUGAGUCAGCAAGAAGAUCCAGUGCAAAGUUCACUUAAUUUUUGUCGCCUUAUUUUGCUUUAUAUGAAGAAAUUUGAAUGUACUGAUGUUGAACGUACUUUGGAUUAUGCAUAUUUUUUGAACAAAAUGGAGUCGCCUAUUGGUGGAAAUUUAUUUUAUUCAUGCAUUUCUCGUGCGGUUUAUUUGAGUAAUGAAACUUGGUGUAUUAUUGGAAAAAUUAAUGAAAACGGUGUUCGACAUGAAGGUCUUAUUGAUAAAUACGCCAGAGAUAUCAAUAUUGAAGAUGCUAUCGCAAAAGUUGCCUCAGAUACCGAAGUCAGUGGUGAUGGAAUGCUUGCUGGACAACUUUAUAUGGCUGCCGGUUAUGUCGACGACGCAAUACGACUGGCUUGCGAAGGCUUAGCUAAAGAAAUCACGCAGCAUAAAGAUGCCGGUGAAGCUCGUAAGCUCGGACUGUGGCUUGCAAAUAUUUGCAAACAUUCAAGGAAGACAGCUGAAAGGAAUACAUUGGAUACACUUCCAACUUUGUACCUCUUACUCGACUUAUCCACAUUUUUCCAAUUUUAUUAUGAUAAAAAAUUUGAAGCUUGUAUGGAAAUAAUUAAAAAAUUGAAAUGCAUACCGCUGAAUCCAGAUGAAGUGCAGGCAUUUGUAUCCACUUUCUACAUGGUCUCUAAUCAAAUGCGGUUAGUGCUACCAGAUUUAUGUGUAGCAGUAAUGAAAUUAUUAGCGGAAGAAUUGAAUCGAAAUCCAGCAGCCAGCGAUGAACUCCGAUUAUCGGCCAAAGCAAUUAUUUUGUAUGUUGCAAUGAUCCCUUAUCGAUUUCCCUCACAGAUUAGUACACAAAUUCUGCAUUUAAGCACAAUUUUCGAAUGA